AUGUUUAUUGUUUGUUCUCUUGUUGUUAUACUAUCAUAUUUGAAGAAUUGUCAUGCAUCAUAUUGUGAAAUGGAAGAUGUAGGUUUGAACUUGCUCUGCACUCUCUUCAAAUUAUACAUAGGCGCUGCUUAUUUUUCUCUGCGCUCUCUUCAAAUAAUACAUAGGCGCUGCUUAUUUUCUUUUUGAAAGUGGGCGCUGCUUAUUUUUCUCUGCGCUCUCUUCAAAUUAUACAUAGGCGCUGCUUAUUUUCUUUUUGAAAGUGGGCGCUGCUUAUUUUUCUCUGCGCUCUCUUCAAAUUAUACAUAGGCGCUGCUUAUUUUCUUUUUGAAAGUGGGCGCUGCUUAUUUUUCUCUGCGCUCUCUUCAAAUUAUACAUAGGCGCUGCUUAUUUUUCUCUGCGCUCUCUCAAAAUAUUACAUAGGCGCUGCUUAUUUUCUUUUUGAAAGUGGGCGCUGCUUAUUUUUCUCUGCGCUCUCUUCAAAUUAUACAUAGGCGCUGCUUAUUUUCCUUCAAAAGUGGGCGCUGCUUAUUUUUCUCUGCACUCUCUUCAAAUAAUACAUAGGCGCUGCUUAUUUUUCUCUGCGCUCUCUUCAAAUAAUACAUAGGCGCUGCUUAUUUUCAAUGAGAAAGUGGGCGCUGCUUAUUUGUCCAAAGUGGGGUACAGUUUAUUUUGCAGACCUUAUUCUCUGUCGGAAAUUACACAUGUCCUGAUAAUUAUACAAUGGUGUCUCGAGUCAAAGGCUAUUAUUGCUUGAGAGUUAUCGCAGGUAGUGAGAAUCCAAUCGAAUCCGAAACAUCGUGUCAACUUGAAAACUCGACGCUCGCCAGUUUCGAAACCACUGAUGAAGUGAAUCUGGCUCUUGAACUCUCUCUGAUCGCAACAAACAGUGCAUCGGGUUAUUGUUGGAUUGGGGCAGUUCGUCAAGCGGCUUGUUAUGGACCGGCGACUGAAUUCAAUGCCGGAUGUCUUCCAGCUGCACAGAAUUCGUUUCGAUGGACUGAUGGUUUUGUGACGGGAAUUGAGGCGUUCUCGAAUUUUGCGCCUAAUCGUCCGGAUAAUUAUCGGAGUGAUCAGAAUUGUGUUGGAAUGGUGUCAUCGACCAUUUCUUGGGGUACUGCUCCUGGAACUUUGGAUGAUGCUCCUUGCAAUCUUACUAGCGGAAGUUGUCAUGUUUGUGGGCAACCGGCACAAGAAUUGAAUUAG